AUGGCAGCCAUCGCUCGAUUCCAUAUCCUCCAACAGUCGUCUUCAGUUUUGAAACCUACUGUAAUCUCGUCGAAAUUCCCUCAUCAAUCUUCUUUGCCACCGUUCUAUUGUAACCCUAGUUUCUUUCGAAACAACACUCGUAUACGCAAGCUUCAUCUCACUCCAUCAGGGGAGUGGUCAUCUUCUGGAUUAUCUCAACGAGUCUUGGACUCAGUUUCAUGCCACAGGAUUGCCACGAACUUAACAGUGAUUCCAGCUGAAGCAAAACGCCAAUUACUUUUUUUGGAUUGGGAGGUCAAAGCACAGAUUGAGAAAGUGAAAGCUGAGAUUGGUGAGUAUGGCAACAAUCCUGAGGCGUUGUUGUUCGAAGCUAUUCAUUCAGCUGGAUAUGCUGGUGGACUUGGGAAUCCUCUUCUUGCUUCAGAAGGCUUAAUCAAUAGAAUAAACACUACAGCAAACUAUACUGCUCCUCGAAUGGUACUUGCUGCAUCAGGAGUUGAACAUGAGGAACUGUUGAAAUAUGCAGAGCCUCUUCUCUCUGAUUUGCCAGGUGGCGCUCAGGUUCAGGAGCCGAAAUCAGUAUAUGUUGGUGGUGAUCACCGUGUUAUGGCUGAUACAGGGAGAACUAGUUUUGCUCUUGCAUUUGAACUUCCUGGUGGCUAG